UGGGUCGCACCUCGGCGCGCGGGCUUGCCGUUAGCUGGAUGGACGCGUGAGGGGAGACCCUCGAUGCUGCGGGGUCUCGAGCGCGCGCCGACGAGCCAAGUGUCACAGCGAUCAGUCCUAAAAUGGGGUGGAUCUUAAAUCAUAACUGCGAGAUGGAGACGUGAGCGCGUAUAUAGCCUGCGCACGGUAUCACCCGCGAAUGCAGAGAGCCGCGUCUUAGUGUUUCUGUUCCCUUUUCAUAUCUACACAAUUGAGCACCGAGCGGCGAGGCUGCCUCGAGCUGCGAGGCUGCUAGGCGGAGGCAAGCCGAGCUAUUUUCUGCUCGUCAUAAUAAUCACGAACAAGAUGAAGCGGCGGAAAACGGUGCUGGCGGCGGCGUUUUGCUUCUCCUUUUGUCUCGGCACGCUGAUGAACGUGCUGUUUGUGCCCGGCUUCGAGCCGCACCAAAGCCACGCCGCGGCACGACAGCGCUCGUUCACAGAAACGCGUCCGCCUCCGCUUCACCUCGGAGAGCACUUUGCGUCUGUAACCGCACCGAUCCCGGAGUCCAGCAGCGCUGCCGCACUCGGCGAUCUGCGCUUACAGAUACGAGGCAGACUCGGAGAGGUGCUCCGGUACCAGACUGGGGACGAAGACGACGCCGCUCGCCCGCUCGAACGCAGACGGCUGAUGGAUCUCGAGCGCGCGGAGAGAACCGAGCACGCGGAUCAGGCGCGCGGUAACGCGGCCGGGCGGCGGGCUGAUGCACGCGUGUCAGGCGGGGCGCUCGGGUGCGCGGCACUGCAGAGAGCCAGCAGUGUGCAGUUUGUGGGCUCGGGCUACACCAAAGCUGUGUACCGAGCGGAGCUGAACGCCAGCUUCUCCGUGGCUCUCAAAUCCGUGGAUCUCAACGGUCACGACAUGGAGAGCUGCGUGAAAAGGUACAGCUCAGCUGAGGACUGUUACAGACUCGCUUCGUUCAAGAUCAUCAAGGAGAUGACACUGAUGGAGAGGCUGCAGCAUCCCAACAUCCUUAAGCUGUAUGGCUACUGCUACCAGGACAGCAACGAUAUCAAGGACACGGUGACAGCUAUCACGGAGCUGGGCAGCCCUCUAGAGAUGAUCCAGUUGCUGCAGACACCCUGGGAAGAGCGGUUUCGAAUUUGCCUAAGUCUGGCACGUCUGCUGCACUACCUGGCGCACUCGCCGCUCGGCUCGCUCACGUUGCUGGACUUCAGGCCCAGGCAGUUUGUACUGGUGGAUGGAGAGCUAAAGGUGACCGACCUCGACGACGCCAGUGUGGAGGACACACCAUGCUCAGCCUCUUCACCCUCUGACUGCCUCCUCGAAUUCCCUGCGCGCAACUUUACCCUCCCGUGCAGCAACGGCUUCUGCCAGGGUAUUAACGAGAAGAGAAAUAUAUACAACGCUUACAGGUUUUUCUUCACCUACCUGCUCCCUCACAGUGCUCCCUCAGCCCUGAGACCUCUCCUCGCCAACAUCGUCAACUCUACAGGGGAGCUUCUCUGGAACACAGAUGAGACUCUAGCUCACUUGGAAAAGGUGUUGGAGAUGUAUAGGAAUGGCGAUUACCUUUUUAAUGACACACACAUAAACAAAAUAAAAUAUAAACAGGUAGAAGAUGUGUCUAUACCAGGAGAGAACUACCGCUGCUGGCCGUCCUAUCAGCACGACAGAUGCAUGCUGUCUGUCUACAAUGUCGACGAGGCCAUCGGUGUGUGCGAGAGCCACGUACAGUGCAGAGCCUUCAUCAUGACCAACCAGAGCACUUGGACAGGCCACCAGCUUGUGCUCUUCAAGACGGGUUUGUCCACCAUGGCUCCAGAUAAAGGAAAGCUAGCAUAUGUUCGGCAGGACAGCUGAGACAGAGACAGGACGAGGAAGAGCCACGGUCUCGUUGCGUUCUCACACUGCGAUUGUAACGAGGACGGUUGGGUCGAGUCAACCUCGCGGCGCUCCGUCCAUCUAGACACUUUUAAAAAAUUAUUUAUUCUAUAUUCACGAGGACCCUGAACACAUUGAGACCUGAUUAAGUGCAAUGCAGUGGAUCGCUUGUCUGCGAUUAAUACUUUAUUGUGAAUGUUGAAAAGUCAUUUCUACCUGGUUAGGUCCUGGACCUUCGAAACAUCCUCAAUCCUCAAGACAUGCAGCAAUCAGGAAGCCAUUCUUUCACUUAUUCGUUUCCCCAAUUCACAAAUCCUUCUGUCCUUUUUAUUUGGUAUCACGUCAGGUGUCACGUUCAGGACUCAGGUAUGUCUAAUCUCCUCCGUUAGUUCAGAUGAACACAGGGUCUUUGUAGCGAUGUGUAGCGAUGGUUAAGCAUCACAUGAACACAUGUUACAGCCAUAUUUUCAAGCAAAUAUUCAGAUGGUGCAAGAACGACAGGUCAAGUUUACUGUAAAAUGAAGAAAGUUUAAAUGUGUGGGGGUUUUUUGUGACUAUGACAUUACUGUUGUGUGCGUGCAUUGGCAAAGUGUCAUGAUCAGAUGGAAAAUGAAUCGCAGCUGUGUAUGUCUUACACGGAGAAGAUCCAAAUCCACACCUGCACUCUGUGUGACUCCUUGUUCAUUACAAGGUGAUCUCGCCCCCCCUUCAACCUUUAUGAAUUUCCCAAGGAAAUGUGAAGCCAAACUUUUACUUGUCAUGUGAAGGAUUAAAUGAGUCUUUGCUUUCAGGGAAAGCAAUUCAAAUGAAGCUGAAUUAGAUUCCUAACAAUGUAGUGUAUAUAAUGACAAUUGUGAUAAAAGCAAUAUUUUUGUAUAAAAAAAUAUGGAAGUCUUGAGGCUCA